AUUUAUAUUGCAUGAAUGAGGAGGAUUGAAUGGGUUCAUUACUUAGAGAUCUCUAAGCAAAAACCUAACCCUAAACAGAGGCAGAGAGGUUAUUUCCUUUGACAGAGAAAGAGGGGAAGAGAAAAAUGAUGGAUGCCAUGCGGAAGCAGCUCGAUGUGCUGAUGGGCACGGACCGCAAUGGCGAUGUAAGGGAGGUGAAUCAGAAGUACUACGAUCGCGAUGUCUGCCGCCUUUACUUGUCCGGCCUUUGCUCUCACGAGCUCUUCCAAUUAACGAAAACGGAUAUGGGUCCAUGUCCAAAGGUCCACUCGUUGCAGCUGAGGAGAGAGAAGUUCCUGCUGUCCAAGAUUUUGGUUUUACAGAUUGCCUGAACUUUUUUCCACAUGCUAUGCACAUUCAGCUUCUCUUUUCUUUUCUUUUUCCCCUUUUUUUUAAUAAAAUUAAUCAGACCUUUAUUUACUUCCUUUGCCUAUUGGAUUCUAGUGUAACUGCAAAUUAAAUGCUUUUGUGCUUCGUAGGUAUCUCUAUUCUUAUGUUGAUCUUUUCCGGAUGUCCUUAAGUUUGUAUUGUGAAUAUGUUGGUUCAGGUGCUGGUAUAGUGUUUCACAUCCUUCUAUAAAGAUUCUCAGUUAGUAUCAUCUGUGAGUUUUUCUGACCUCAGAAGAAUAUUAUGCCCCGUUUUCUAAUUUCUUUUGAUUGUUUGUAGAUGCUGGACUUUAAAAUACUGCAUUUUCUACCUUGUCUGUGCAUAUUCAGUUUAAAAUGCAUUAGUUAUGAAAUGUCUUGGUUCUCAACCAAUUUUGAUAGCUCAGUUUUGUCUGCUGAAAGCGGGAAAGAAAAUGUAAAAUAUGAAAUCUAAUAAGACAGAAAAAGUAGAAAAAAUGAUUUUGUUCUGGGCAUUUUAAGAAUAGAGGGAAAAAAGGGGCUCUUAAUAUCUGAUGAUAAACCUAAUGGAUGGAAGGCCUGGUUUGGUCAAGUUAAGCUGCCUAUCACUUAUGCAUACCAUUUAAUUCUGACCUAAUAGUCCUUGUGGUAUGUUAUAUUUAGCUAAAUUGAGGAGGCAUUUAUAUUUUUAAAAGAAGCAUUCAGCAGCACUUCUUGUUAAUUAACUUUUGUUAGGAAGAGAGAAACAAGAGCCGCAAACUUGACCGAUAUGAUAAGAGGAGAUCAAAAGAAAGAAGUAGAGAUCAUGAGAGAGAAUCCAGUUGUGACCAAGGAAGGGAUUAUGAUCGAAGGAGCAGAGAUCGUGACAGGUACAAUGAUCUAGAACGUGAUAGGGAUUAUGUGCGCUCUCGGACUUAUGAUUCUAGCAGUCACCACAGGUCACGUUCAAGGUCUAAGGAACGUUCCAGGGAUUAUGACCGGUACUUUUUUCUCUUUGUUUAUGGUUUUUUAAGUUCAUUUUCACGGGGACUUGUGUAUGAGUCUCCUGCCAUUAUUGGUUCAUUUUUGUAAUUCUAUAUGUGCUUGUUUACAUGUCAAAUUGAUGCAUGUUUGGAUUAUAUGUAUGCUUCUUAUCAUAUUCUUCACUCAAUUCCCUGUAGGUAAUUUCAUUAUUUUCAAAAAGAUCUAACUACCUUAGGUAAGUUUUCUCAAAGUGGAAAUGUGGAAUAGACGUUAUAGGUUAGAAAAGUUUUGAAUUGCUUGGUGGAAUGAUUUUCAAACAGGAUUUUGUUAAAGAAAUGUAGAAAUGGCUAUAAAUCCUGCAUGGACGCAUAACGAAUCAAGGCUUGUGGUUUGGCAAACACCAGUAGAUUUGAAUGUUGUUUUUGUUUUCACAUUAAAAAAUUGCUGUAAAUUCUUUAAUUUUAUCACAAGUACCUUUAGUUUCGUUUCAGCAUGAUGAUCUGAUGAGGGGAUGUCAUUCCCUAAGUCACUAGUAUUUUGUUUUAUGAUUCAACUCUCUCCAUGUGUGUUUCUCAGCAAAAGAUUUAGUUCGUUAUUGCUGGGAUUUGAAUGCUGACAUUCCAUCAGUAACUAAUAUUUUGUUAGGCUAUUUUCCUAUUUUUCUUGCUUGAAUUUAUUAAAAUUUUCUAUGCUGAUACUGAUUAUUCUUCAACUUUACUCUUCUUUUUAAUCAGACGUGAUUGGUACUAGAUGAUUGUUGCUAGGAAACAAAUGAAUAUGAAACUGUUCUUGCUUGGGUAAGUAAACGCAUAUGGUAGUAGUAUAACUUGUGUUUGCCCAAAUUAAUGUUUUUCUCAGUAAGUUCAACAGUUCCUCCUGUGGACACACCAACACGUUUAAUUGAGAGGAUUACAUCAGAAAAGUGGAGUAGUUUAUCUAACACUGCACUGUGAUUGCCAUGAUAGAUUUACUUGAAAAAGAAACUGACAAGUACACUUCGUUACAUUUAAACUUAGUAUUACGAAAAAACUAACAAGGAUCAAGGAAAAAACUCAGGUUCAUCAACACUUUUUUUAGAUGCUCAUUUACAACUCAGUCUCAUCCUGGUCCUGUGUGCCGGAAUAUAAACAAUUUGAAAAGCAUGAUUUGCUAUGAAGUAAUGUGUGCAUGUCAUCUACAACCCCUACAAUCGCAGUAUAAUUCCAUGUCUUCACUAUCUGAGUAACCUUUUUAGAGAAGUUCAAGGUCAAGGGAAACCACCUGGUACUCCACCUAUGAUAUAAUAUAAAGAGUUUAUCAAG